UCCAUCACCUCCCCGCGAGUUACGCGCACAGUGCAGCCCGGCGGUGCUGGCGGCUCAGCCCUGCCCGGCCCCGCUCUCCGCUGUCCCCCGCCGCCGGGAUGCUGCCGGGCACCGCGACCGGGCGCUGAGCCCGGGCAGCCCUGCCGCCCCUCCCGCAGCCCCGGGCGGGCGGAUCGCGCUGCAGGUCACCUUGCAGGGAGGAGGAGGAAAAUGGAGGCCACUGCCCCAGUGUGACCUGUAUCUACAGUACAAUAUAACACAGACCACCAUCCCACUCUCUGACACCUCCCAGUAUGGAUGGUUUGAUUGAGCAGAACAAUGUGCUCAUGCACAAUAAGAUUGCUGAGGCUGGGAAAAGGAAUGGUUUAAUUAAUACAAGGAACUUAGUAGCAGAGAGCCGAGAUGGUCUGGUGUCAGUGUACCCAACCCCACAGUAUCAGAGCCACCGAGCGGGGAGUUCCCCGAGCUGCCUGGAGAAUGGCAGGAAUGACCCCGUGCAGCAGCUCCUGGAUCCCAACAUGCUGCAGCAGACCGUGGAGUCCCAUUACCGUCCCAACAUCAUCCUCUACUCGGAGAAUGUGCUGCGCUCGUGGGGUGAGAGCAUCAACUCAGAGUGCUGUGAAACCACAUUCAUUGAGGACCGCUCCCCUACCAAGGACAGCCUGGAGUACCCAGACAGCAAAUUCAUCGAUCUCUCGGCAGAUGACAUCAAGAUUCACACCCUCUCCUAUGAUGUGGAGGAGGAGGAGGAUUUCCAGGAGUUAGAGAGUGACUACUCGAGUGACACUGAAAGUGAAGACAAUUUCCUAAUGAUGCCACCAAGAGAUCAUCUCGGCCUCACUGUGUUCUCCAUGCUCUGCUGCUUCUGGCCAUUGGGAAUUGCUGCCUUUUACCUGUCUCAUGAGACAAACAAAGCUGUAGCCAAGGGAGACUUCCACCACGCAAGCUCCAGCUCCCGGCGAGCACUCUUCCUUGCUGUGCUGUCCAUCACAAUUGGAACUGGCAUCUAUGUUGGGGUGGCUGUGGCUCUUAUUGCCUAUCUAUCCAAAAACAAUCACUUAUGAGCCUCAGGAAAGAGGGACAACCAGCCGCCCAGCACCUGCACUGCAGAACUCCACCGCAGAUCAGACUGCAUGGUUUUCCAAAAAGAUCCAGAGACAUAGAAACACCUUCUGGGGGCAGGUACAGGCUAAGAUGGGCUUGUGCAUUGCAGUAGGGUGGGAAGCUGGCUGAGAUUGAGAUAGUUGCUGUAUUUGUGAUGCACAAGUCCCGCUUCUCUACAUGAAACCUUGUGAAAGGAAUAAAGGAAGAAAAGGAAGAAAAGAAAAGAAAAGAAAAGAAAAGAAAAGAAAAGAAAAGAAAAGAAAAGAAAAGAAAAGAAAAGAAAAGAAAAGAAAAGAAAAGAAAAGAAAAGAAAAGAAAAGAAAAGAAACUAAGGGAAGUGUGGAGAAGAGUAUUUUGCCUUUGCCUUCUUAGCAAUAUGGUGUUUACAAGAAGCUGGCAAACUGAGCUGUUCUCUUAAUACCUUCUUGGUGACACGAACUUUGCAGCCAGCAUGAGCUUGUGCUUUGCUUGCUUGUUGAGCAUGGCACUGAGAUCUGAGAAAGCAUGGACAGUGGCUGGUUCUCUGAAAGAGCAAUAUAGCAACAGGAGGAAGAAUACUCUUUUUUUUGUUGUUUUUUUUUUUUUGAAUGCAGGACUCAUUUGCUUAGGAGUGAAGCAGAGACCUAGCAGAGAACAGUGUUGCCUACUCUUCUUGUGUUGGUAGGUGUCUAUGGAAGAUAAAAAGGAGAUAAAAAAAUAUUUUUUCUUUCCUUUCUUUGUUUCUGGAUUAAGACGUGACCCACAGACCCACCCAAUACAGAAAAGCUGAGGUUACAGCAUGACUUGACUCCGCAGACUGAGCGUGAGGUCGAAGUAGCAUGGAAUCCAUUGUAUAAUGAAUUCCUCCAUCCAGUCACACCGUGGUAACAGAACAUGCCCAUGGCAUAUUGCUUAUCAGGAUUGCUCCACCCUGUUGUGGUGACAUGCAUAGCAGCAAAUGCAAGAAAUGUGGGGGGAAAAAUGCAAACUGGAAUACUAACCAAUUUUAAAUUACAAAACAUGGAAAAGCAUGGGAAUUAACCAGAGGAAGGAAUGCUUCAUAUAUUUCUGAGGUAUUGCUCAUGCACAGAGCAUAGAAGUGGAUCGCUUUGAUUACAAGCUCAUGGCUCAUCCAUGGACCAAGGACACAGAAUAACCAUGGAUGUCUUGAUAAGGAAAGUAAUGGUAUGUUGCAAGGAAACUGAGCAUUGUUCUUACACUGACUAAAACAAUGCAUCUCUUUUCUUCUUUACUCCUUCCCCACAGUCACCCUUUUAUUUUGUUGUCUUACAGAUGUAUAUCAUCCCACAACAGAUUUAUGUGUAUAGAUAUAUAUGUAUCCAUGUAUGUAUACAUGUAUAUCUAUACAAACUGAUAAACUGAUUGAGACAAUAAGCAUUUUAUUGCUCACUGCCUUAUGUUUGUACCAACACAAUUGAUUUGUCCAAAAACCUUUGUGUCCAUCUGUAUUUAGUGUCUGUUUUGCUCCAGGACAAUUAUUUUCCUUCUGUUUGGGGGUUGGCAUUGUUUUGGGUUGGACUUGACUUUUUUUUUU